AUGGUUGGGCUACUUGGCUAUUUGGACUCUCACAGGAGCUGUUCAGAGGUUCCUAUUCCUGAGCCAAGGGAAUCACUUCUAUAUUUGAUACCGUUCAGGCCGACUGUUGCUCCUCUCUCAAGAUUGCAUUUUCUAUGGGGUCAGGAAGGAAUGAGGGUUGGGUUGAAGAUCGGCACGAGUCUGAAUCUAUACUAUUGA